AUUAUUGCACAACCUUUUAUUAAAAAACAAAAAAUACGCUUAUUUAGUCAUCCCAAUCUUCUUCUUCUUGUUGUUCUUCUUCUUCUCUCUGUUUGUUCAGUUUCAGAGGUUUUUGAAGGGUUUGGUCCUUUUACUCAGCUCAUUGAAAUUUGUUGAUUGAUUCAAGAAACCUAGUGGUGACCAUCUGAUAUUACACACACACACAUAUAUAGUACAGAUACAAAACUUUGAAUCCUAUGGAAGGUGCUGAAAAGGAAUCUGUGGGUAAGGAGGGUGAUGAUUCUGAAGGCCCUUGUAAUCUCAACAGCCACCACCCAGUUGCUCCUCCUUUUCCUCCUCAAUUUCAAAAGGUUGGAGAUUCGAGCGAAAUAAUUGAAGAACCACCAACCAAACAACACCAGAGGAGGCAAAACCUGGCCUUAGAGAUACCCUCAAGAACAGUUGAGGUCACUACUGAGGAUUUUGUUAGAAUAAAUAUGCCCCCAACGCCAAGUCGAACUCCCAAAAGAGUGAAUUUUUCACCAAUCCCGAGCCCAAGUUAUUACAAAUUCAAUGAUUGUCCAAGUCCCUUGAUGUCUUCUAGAGGUAAACCAUCCUUCAAAAGCCUCCUUCCAAAACUAAGCUUCAAAUUCCGGAAUACUACUUCAGAGAUAGAGAAGGCCGCAAUCCUAGCUUUGGGAGAUUCACUAACAGGGACACGGGGUAAGCCUUUGAUUCGAAGGACACCGUCCCUUACAAAACUUUUCUCACCCAAGAUGAAAAGAACUUCAUCUUUGCCUGUUACCCCAAUUGUACACUCAAAUCCGGAGUCUAUGCAUGGAGGGAACACAGUCGAAGCUAAAAAUAGGACUCAGCUUCCUAUGUAUCGUUCACGGUCCGUUCCUUCUUUAAUCAAAGAAGGAAGUGUAAGGCAGAUUGAUCCAUUAAGCGGUGUAUUUCGCGUGGUUCCCACUACUCCGCGAGUGGCAGAAGGAAUGCUCACAACGUCGACCACAGCUCCAACAAAUGAUGUCGAUGGAAAUGAUGAUGGCGGUGAAGACAUUCCCGAAGAAGCAGCUGUUUGUAGAAUCUGCUUGGUUGAACUUGGGGAGGGUGGCGACACCCUUAAGAUGGAAUGUAGCUGCAAAGGCGAACUCGCAUUGGCUCACCAAGAAUGUGCUGUAAAAUGGUUCAGCAUCAAAGGUAACAAGACGUGUGACGUGUGCAAACAAGAGGUUCAGAACCUACCUGUCACCCUUUUACGAAUUCAAAAUGCUCAGUCACAUAACUUGCAAGGAAAUAGAGCUCGGCAAACUCAAAUUGCUCAAUACAGGCAAGUCAAUGAUGUUUUCUCUUGCAAUGGCUAGGAAAAUAAAAGAAAUUCUAAAUUUGUUAUUUCUUUAUAUAUAUAUAUAUAUAUGUAAACAAGUAUAUUGUAUUAAAAAUGCCAAAAAAGGUCCAAAACCCGUGUACACUGAAGUUGAGUUCGGUCUCCUAUAAAAUCUACAAGAGAGAAAGAUGAUUCACAUGCACACACACACAAAAA